AUGCGCUCCAAGUUACGUGUGCCCGCAACCCCUGUCGUGGAAGGGAUCAGUAUCCGUAGCUUAUACGACAUUGAUCACGUGAUUCCCCUCGGCAAAGGUUCCUUUUCCGAAGUCGUAGAGGCCCGGCACGUGCCCACAGGAGAGAAGCGUGUGCUUAAGAUUCUCAAACGUGAAGAGCUCACCGGCGUCAAGGCGGGGAUCGUCACCCAUGAGCGCGAAAUCUUGCGCCGAACGCGGCAUCCUAAUAUCAUCACACUCCAUGAAACGAUCCGCACCUCGGAACGAAUUUAUUUCGUCUUGGAUCGCAUGGACGAGGACCUCUUUGAGUUCAUUAUACGCAAUGGUAAGAUCAAUGAGACGCUUUCGAGGCGCAUUAUCUACUCGAUUUUGUCUGCGGUGGUAUACCUCCACUCGCAGAGUAUUGUGCAUCGUGAUAUCAAACCCGAGAACAUUCUUAUUAAUGUGCGGUAUCGCCACCAUGCUGGGACCUCCCAAUCCGACCAGAAAACGGGUGAAAAGGAGGAACUGAAGGAUAUCAAAGGUAUAGAUGUGAAUCGUAUCAACCCCGAUCACUUGGAUUUGGAUGUGAAGUUAACCGACUUCGGUUUUGCGAAGCUGGUGAUGGAGUGGGAUGUGCGCAACACACCGUGCGGUACGUCAUUUUAUAUUGCCCCAGAGAUCAUCCGAGGGAUUGAGGAACAAGGAUCACAACCCCUUUGCACCACCCAGGCCCUCGUCAAGAGCGUUGAUGUGUGGUCGGUGGGAGUGGUGAUGUACGUCCUUCUUUCCGGAUGCCCGCCGUUUUAUGGGCAGGUAAAAACAAGCGAAGAGCGCCGUGCACUUUUAAAAAAAAUCAACCACGGCGUCCUCUUCAGCUCCAACCUCGGAUGGGAUAAGAUCAGCAACGAGGCAAAGGAUUUAAUCCUCCGAAUGUUAGAGCGGGAUAGCUCGGCGCGAAUCAGCGCCGCAGAGGCGAUACGGCAUCCAUUCUUCGCGCCGUUACGCUCGGAGGCUUCGGAAGUUUCCGAGGAUCUCGUGGCGGCGGCAGGGGGGGGGUUUCAUUCCUACGGGCGAGGCUGCGUGGAGCGUCCGAUCGGGGGCCCCGAUGGCUCCUCGCCGAGGCCUCCACAGACGCCGGUGGAGCCCGCGCGGAUGCACGGCGAGCUCAACGCCCUCCACGCCGAAGGGCUCCUCGCGUAUGAUCAGGAGGGGGAUGUUACGGCGUAUCGGCGCGAGGUGACGGCAACACGACCGAAGCCCUCCCGUCCCGCGGUGAUGAAUUCGAAAUUAAAAGUCGGCCCAUCCGCAUUACGAAAUUAA